AGAAGGGAGCGAGGCUGGCUCUAGUGGCGAGGAGGGAGGCAAGCCUGCAUGAUGUCGCUGCGAAGGCGAAGGAUGCCGGCUCGCCAGACGUCCUGGUUGUUGCAGGGGACGUUGCAAAUCCAGAGGAUUGCAAGAGUGGAUCAUCUCGUGAACAAUGCUGGUGUAGCGAGUGUCUGCUGGUUCGAGGAAGUGCCAGAUGUUGCUGAUUUCAAACAAGUUCUGGCCGUAAAUUUCUGGGGCACAGUUCAUCCAACUCACUGCGCUCUUCCUCAUCUGAAGAAGAGCGGCGGGAAGAUCUUCGUCAACUCCUCAGCUGCGGCGGUGUUGGCAAUGCCAAGAAUGAGCUUCUACAACGCCAGCAAGGCUGCUGUACUGAACUUCUUCGAGACCCUGCGGAUGGAGCUCCGCGACGAGGUCGGCAUCACGAUCGCGACUCCCGGGUGGAUCGAGUCGGAGAUGACCAAGGGGAAGCACCUGUCGAAGCAAGGAACAGUGGAGGUCGAUCAGGACAUGAGAGACUCUCAGGUCGGCUUGUUCCCGGUGGUGCGCGCCGAGCGGUGCGCGGAGGCCAUCGUCGACGCCGUCUGCCGCGGCCGGCGCCACCUCACGGUGCCGCUGUGGUACCGGGCGCUGUUCCUCUGGCGGAUGCUCGCGCCGGAGGUCGGGGACUUCAGCCAGCGGGUGUUCUACCGCCGGGCCGCCGGAGGCGGCCACGGUGAGCACCAGCAGGCCAAGGCCAGGAGGUUCCUGGAGGCCACCGGCGCCAAUGGGGUGCUCCAGCCGGCGUCGCUGCAGAGCUCCGAAAUCAAACGGGACUAGAUCAAGACGACGCUGCACGCGGCUGAUCUGGAAGAGGGAGAGUGGUUUCCUCGGUGUGUUGGGUGCAUUCGAAUAACUUUAGAGCGAAAUUGAGUUUGAAAAUCCGAUCGACCAGUGAUCGGACGGCUGUCACGUUCGUGCCGUGAUAGUAUCAAAGUAUAUUUGUGCCUUUAGAUUUUGUACCUUGUGCCGAGUGGACACACUACAACUUAGUCAAUCAAGCUUUACUAUAAAGGAAAACUUUUAGCUUUGUUACAAGUUCUUUUCUAGCGCCUCUCAACUAUCAUCGUUUGGGCAUCAAUGAGAAGCAGUG